CGUCUUUUCCCCCUUAGGAGAAGUCGGGAAGGUGGCGGCGGCGACGGCGGCGGUGGUGGCGGUUGUCCCGGCCGGCCGGUUGGUGUGACCGGUCGGCGCGCGCUGCGCAGCGUCCGCGCUUCGUCCAGCCGGGCGGAACCGAGCGGAGGGCCGAGGCCGGAGCCCGCGCGGGCGGAGGAGGGCGGAGGCGGCGGCCAGGGCGGCCCGUGGGAGGGAGCGCGGGGCCCCGGCAUUGCCGCCGGCUCCCGGCCCUGCCGGCCUCGUCGGUCGGAGCCGCGGCCAUGGCGGCCAGCGCGAAGCGGAAGCAGGAGGAGAAGCACCUGAAGAUGCUGCGGGACAUGACGGGGCUGCCGCACAACCGCAAGUGCUUCGACUGCGACCAGCGCGGCCCCACCUACGUGAACAUGACGGUCGGCUCGUUCGUGUGCACCUCCUGCUCGGGCAGCCUGAGAGGAUUAAAUCCACCUCACAGGGUGAAAUCUAUCUCCAUGACAACAUUUACACAACAGGAAAUUGAAUUCCUGCAAAAACAUGGAAAUGAAGUCUGUAAACAGAUUUGGCUAGGAUUAUUUGAUGAUAGAUCUUCAGCAAUUCCCGACUUCAGGGAUCCACAAAAAGUGAAAGAGUUUCUGCAAGAGAAAUACGAAAAGAAAAGAUGGUAUGUUCCACCAGAGCAAGCCAAAGUGGUGGCAUCGGUUCACGCAUCUAUUUCAGGGUCUUCUGCCAGCAGCACAAGCAGCACGCCCGAGGUUAAGCCCCUGAAAUCUCUGCUGGGAGACUCUGCACCAGCACUGCACUUAAAUAAGGGCACACCUAGUCAGUCCCCAGUUGUAGGUCGCUCUCAAGGGCAGCAACAGGAAAAGAAGCAGUUUGACCUUUUGAGUGAUCUUCUUGGCUCAGACAUCUUUGCUGCUCCGGCUCCUCAGUCAACAGCUACAGCCAAUUUUGCUAAUUUUGCACAUUUUAACAGUCAUGCAGCUCAGAAUUCUGCAAAUGCAGAUUUUGCAAACUUUGAUGCAUUUGGACAGUCUAGUGGUUCGAGUAAUUUUGGAGGUUUCCCCACAGCAAGUCACUCUCCUUUUCAGCCCCAAACUACAGGUGGAAGUGCUGGAUCAGUAAAUGCUAAUUUUGCUCAUUUUGAUAACUUCCCCAAAUCCUCCAGUGCUGAUUUUGGAACCUUCAGUACAUCCCAGAGUCAUCAGACAGCAUCAACUGUUAGUAAAGUUUCAACAAACAAAGCUGGUUUACAGACAGCAGACAAAUAUGCGGCACUUGCUAAUUUAGACAAUAUCUUCAGUGCUGGGCAAGGAGGUGAUCAAGGGAGUGGUUUUGGGACCACGGGUAAAGCUCCUGUUGGUUCUGUGGUUUCAGUUCCCAGUCACUCAAGUGCAUCUUCAGACAAGUACGCAGCGCUGGCAGAGUUAGACAGCGUGUUCAGUUCUGCAGCCACCUCCAGUAACGCUUACCCGUCCACGAGUAAUGCUAGCAGCAGUGUUUUUGGAACCGUGCCUGUGGGUGCUUCUGCUCAGACACAACCUGCUUCAAGUGGGCCUGCUCCAUUUGGGGCUACGCCUUCUACGAAUCCAUUUGUUGCUGCUACUGGUCCUUCUGCGGCAUCGUCUACAAACCCAUUUCAGACCAAUGCCAGAGGAGCAACAGGCCUUUCUGGAGCAAUGCAUUCUCAAGUGUUCCCUCACGCUCAUUUUGCGGCUACCUUUGGCACCGCAUCCAUGAGUAUGCCAGCAGGAUUUGGCACUCCUGCCCAGUACAGUCUCCCCACCAGCUUUAGUGGCAGUUUCCAGCAGCCCGCCUUCCCAACCCAAGCAGCUUUCCCUCAGCAGCCAGCUUUCUCUCAACAGCCCAAUGGUGCAGGUUUUGCAACAUUUGGACAGACAAAACCUGUGGUAACCCCUUUUGGUCAAGUUGCAGCUGCUGGAGUGUCUAGUAAUCCUUUUAUGACUGGUGCACCAACAGGACAGUUUCCAACAGGAAGCUCAUCAACCAAUCCUUUCUUAUAGCCUUAUAUAGACACUGUACUGGAACGAACUUUUAUGUGAUCAUAUUACAUCUCUCCGCCUCUUGCCCUGUUGUCUUGUUUCACUGAUCUUAGCUUUAAACACGAGAGAAGUCUUUGAAAAGCCUGCAUUGUGUAUUAAACACCAGGUAAUACGUGCAAAACAGAGGGCUCAGCAACAACUUUUCACUUGUGAAUUGGCAGGAAAAGGUAGCGGCAUCAUGUAUGUUAAAAUUUGGCUAAUAUUAAGUUAUUGCAGAUCCCACAUUCAUUAUGCUGCAGUACUGUACAUACUUUUCUUAGAAAUUAGCUAUUUGUGCAUAUCAGUAUUUGUAACUUUAACACAUUGUUAUGUGAGAAAUGUUACUGAGGAAAUAGAUCAGCCACUUUUAAGGUGCUGUCAUAUAUCUUGGAAUGAAUGACUAAAAUCAUUUGAAGCAUCGCUUCUGAAAAGUUCAAAGUCAAAAUUGGAAGGUUUUAUUCAUUCUUGAAUUUUUCCUUCUGAAGAGCUCUUCUAUUUAUACACGGCUAAAUUCUUUAAAGAUGUGGAGGACACCUGUCUGCAGAAUAAAGCUGAUCAUGUUUUGCUACAGUUUGCAGGUGAACAAAAUAAAUAUUAGAAAAUA